AUGUGGCACUGUGGAUAUAUACUGGUCCCCUGCCUCUUCACUGUCACUCUGUUCAGUUGCAGUGCCACUGGCUUCCAAGUGUUACCAGAAAAAUCAGAGGUAAGACCAAGAAAUGUGGAGAGAAAUCCGCACUUGGGGGGAAUUGGGACCUCAUUCAAAAGGAAAAAAGCAGAGAAGUAUCUGGGCCCUGUGGCUUUGAAGAAGUCUGGAUCCUUGGUCUGGUCCAAUGACGAGAAAUCUUCCAGCACACAGAAAGACAAACUGCUGCUCCUCGAUCAACUGGUGCAUGUAGAAAAAAAUGCCAUUGAAAUCAAGAGGAAGAGAAGCUUCCCUGGAGAGAAAAUGCCACUGGAUCGCCUGUCUAUCAGCACAAUGGAUACAAAAAGCAAACGGAAAUACCACACUGGAGAGGGAGGGAAGGGGAAGGCAGUUGGCAUUCCUAGAAGGCAAAUUAGUGUUCCUAUUGACCGGAUUGGAAUUGGCCGACUACCCAGCAAACGAGGCUAAACUCUGUUCAUGCUCUGGUGGUCCCUCACAAGUAGAAGACUGGGAAAGUGUCAGCAUGCUCCAUGAUACCAGUUUACUUUUAAAUGUAGCUCAAAAAACAUAUAGACCCUACUCACCCUGGUCUACUGGAGACUUUAUAGUAUCCAAAGAAUUGUAGGGCAGGGUGGGAGAAAAGCCCAAACGGCAGACUGAACACCCAGGACUCUGCCCCAAUGCUGUGUGUUCAGUCCGCUUAGCAUCCCUUUAUAUACACAAUGUCUUCACACUGACUUAGGGUCAACCUUGACAUUAAAACUGAUCAUAAGGAAAUAUUUGUAGUGUUAAUUGUUCAUAAUGUCAUUAGAAUACUUAGUUUACAAAUAUGUACACAAAAUAUGCAUUCAUUUGGUUUUCCAUCCAUUUUCCAAACCGCUUAUCCUACUGGGUUGUGGGGGGUCCAGAGCCUAUCCCAGAAGCAAUGGGCACGAGGCGGGGAACAACCCAGGAUGGGGGGCCAGUCCAUCACAGAGCACACUCACACACCAUUCACACCUACGGGCAAUUUAGCAACUCCAAUUAGCCUCAGCAUGUUUUUGGACUGUGGGGGGAAACCGGAGUACCCAGAGAAAACCCCAUGGCGACAUGGGGAGAACAUGCAAACUCCACACACAUGUGACCCAGGCGGAGACUUGAACCCAGGUCCCAGAGGUGUAAGGCAACAAUGCUAACCACUGCACCACCAUGCCGCCCCCUCAUUUAGUUUUAAAUGGGCUUAAAUUCAUUUACUUUAAAUAUAUCCAUCCAUCCAUUUUCCAAACCGUUGAUCCUUCUGGGUCGCGGGGAGUCUGGAGCCUAUCCCGGAAGUUACAGGCACAAGGCAGGGAACAACCCAGGACGGGGGUCCAGUCCAUCGCAGGGCACACUCACACACCGUUCACACCAACUGUGCGAGCAAUAACUGAACUGACAUACCAAGCUAAAAUUAUACAGCAGGAUAAGAUUAAUAAAAACUUUGUCCCAUUCCAUUCAACUUCCCAAGAAUAUAUGUUGUACAAGUUUGAUAAAAAGUACCAAGUUAGUCAAGCUAAUAAAGAUAUUCAAUAAAAGAUCAAAAACACACUCAUUGCACAUGGGUUAGCAGACAAUAAUAUAAUGAAUGUCAAAUUUGGAAAUAUGAUUAAAAAUAUCUAAUGUUCCAAACUAUAUUACGUGAGAGUCUACUUAUGUAUUAAAAAAUUAAACAUAAUAAAAAGAAAACAUAUGUCAUA